CUUUCACUCUUCACCGCUGCACUCGGCGAGCCUCUCACUUGACGUAGUAACUUUUAUUUCCUACUUCCUGGUCUAAACUCUGCUCAAGAUCAAUGGCUCCGCUUUACUUUUCGCCGUUUAAACGCUCUAUGCUGGCAUAUUAGUGGACCGCUCGUAGAAAUGAAUAAACAAGUCACGUUUUUGAAAACCGACUACUUUACAUAAACGUGUUUUUAGCAGAAUCUGGCGAUGGCAGACGCAAGCCGCCCUCAACGCAAGCUGUCCCGAGCUGGGGAGAGUUUAUAUGUGGCAUUAGGCCUGGCGAAAGGAGCUUCAUCCGAAGAUAUCAAGAAAGCAUACAGGAAACUGGCACUGAAGUAUCACCCAGACAAGAACCCCAACAACCCCGAAGCGGCGGAGAAGUUCAAAGAGAUCAACAAUGCUAACACCAUCCUCAACGAUGACACCAAACGACAGAUCUACGACCAAUACGGUUCCAUGGGCCUCUACAUCGCAGACCAGUUUGGAGAAGAGAAUGUUAAAUACUAUGUCCUUUCCUCCAAAUGGUGGUUUAAAGCACUCCUGGGAUUGGGAAUGAUCUUCACGUGUUGCUGCUGCUUUUGCUGCUGCUGUUGCUGUUGCGGUAAAUGUGGCGGUCCGGAGAGCGAAGAACAUUUUCAGUAUGUGGAUCCGGACGAGCUGGAGGCAGAGAUGUCAGCGGAGCAGAACAGAGGCAAUGACACAGUAAUAACAGGACAGCCUAUUCCCUGUCCAGCACCUGGAGAGUCAGGAAGCGCGGUGAUCGUAGGAAUGCCCAUUCCUGCCCACUCAGAUGGAGACACUUCUGUGCUGAUCACUCCGGACGCACACGUGGCACAGGAGUAGAGCAAACGACGACUGACCCCGUCUCCCAGUGUGCAUGCUACCCACCAUUUCUGCCCUAAAUAAUAUUGAAAAGACUAAUAUCACAUAGAACGUAGGUUGUACAGUGUGCACAUUAGGAUUCCUGUUUCAGGCUGCAGAAAUACGUUUGAGCGUCAGUGGUUUGUAUCACACAGUUUUUGCGGCUCGUUUGAUCUCCACACAUAAUGUCAUGUCUGUUUACAUCAUUUUAUAUUUGCCUUUUGGUUGCUUGAACGUCUUUUUUUUUGUUGCAGAAACACUUUAUUUUUUUAAAGCUCCGUUUAAAGCAGCUGUAUGUAGUUUGCGAGUAGUUUUUUCGCCUUUAAGUGCAUUUGUUGCCGUUCUAAAGAGAUUUGUUGUUUUUGCGGAUAAACGUACUGCCAGACGUUUGGAAAGAAGCCAGAAUGAUUUUGAAAUUGAUAUUUCAAGGUAAAAACAUACAUACAGUUGCUAUAAAUGACCCCUAGAGUACAAUCAGACGUAUCUUGCACGGCCAACCUGAAGUGAUCCCACAAAAACGUUCUGUUCAUAUAACACCGCCAGAAUAAGCCAUUUGAUCGAAAUAACAUUUUCUAUUUAUCAUCCGUACGUUUCGUACGCCAUGCUUUUCCAGUGAAGUCCUUUGUGUGCUUCUCAGUCCUUCUUUAAGAGCGUAAGGUUUGUGCUAAUGCUGUAUUUGUACAAUGAGGAGUUAUUACAUGAUAAUUAAUAAGUCUCUUCCUAUCUGUAUGUGCACAUAAACAUUGAUGUUUUAUCUAACGGGCAGUUAUAUGUGGUUUAUUUUGCCACCGUUUCAAGAGAACCUUGAAAUAACCUCGGUCGAACAACUAUUUUAUGACACGUAAUAAUUUGGUAUGAUGCUGAUUUUUAGAAGAUUCAGAUGAAUGUGUAUAAAUAAUAUAGAUAAUAUGCAAUACCUGAAUGUUUUUGUUCAUUGUGGUAAAAUUGCACGGCCUCAGGGAUGGUAUUGUCUGAGAUAAUCGAUGAUUUCUAUGUGAAAUUAUGAAAGAUUAAUAAAUAUGGCUGAUUACCGUA